AUGAAGCAUGUAAGGCAUUUCACCCCCUCCUUAUUUCUCAGUCUGGUGCACAUUUGCCUGGUUCAGGCAAAUUAUGCCCCCUAUUUCUUUGAUAAUGGAGCCAGAAGCACAAAUGGGAACAUGGCACUUCUCAGCCUUUCAGAGGACACGCCUGUUGGUACCCAUGUGUACACUCUGAAUGGAACUGACCCAGAAGGAGAUCCUGUGACAUAUGGCCUGACCUAUGAAGCUGGAUCAAGGCGCUACUUUUCUGUUGACAAGAGUCUUGGAAAUGUUACUUUGAUCGAGGAGCUUGACAGAGAGAAGGAAGAUGAGAUUGAAGUUAUUGUCAGUAUUUCAGAUGGCCUGAGUACAGUUUCUGAAAAAGUCAGGAUCCUUGUAAUGGAUGCCAAUGAUGAGAGCCCAGAGUUCAUCAAUACACCUUACAUAGUCCAAGUCCCAGAGAACACUCCCUCCAGCAGCAGUAUCUUUAAGGUCGAGGCAAUAGACAAAGACACGGGUUCUGGAGGAAGUAUUACCUACUUCUUGCAGAACAUCCAUGCUAAUAAGUUUACAAUAGACCGUCACAGCGGAGUCCUGCGCAUCAAACCAGGGGUCACCCUGGACUAUGAGAAAUCAAGAACACAUUUUGUUGUCGUCGUAGCCAAGGAUGGUGGUGGGAAGCUCAGGGGAGACAACAAAGUCUUUUCAGCUACAACAACAGUUACUAUCAAUGUGGAGGAUGUUCAGGACACUCCUCCUAUGUUCAUCGGGACUCCCUACUACGGAUAUGUCUAUGAGGACACGCUCGCAGGCUCUGAGGUCCUUACUGUUGUUGCUCUUGAUGGAGACAGAGGAAAGCCUAACAGUAUUCAUUACUGCAUCGUGAAUGGAAGUGAAGGUUCAUUUGAAAUCAGCAACACAACUGGAGCCAUUUCUGUGAUAAAAAGCCCAAAUCAGCUCAAGAAAGAAGUGUAUGAACUAAAAAUUAAGGCAUCAGAAGUCAGUCAGGAAGGUGACAUCUCCGAGCACACGUUUGCCAUGGUGACCAUACGGGUGGUGGACCUCAACAACCAUCCACCAACGUUCUAUGGAGAAAAUGGUCCCCAGAACAGGUUUGAACUGACCAUGUACGAGCAUCCCCCAGAAGGUGAAAUCUUAAGGGGAUUGAAGAUUACAGUCAGUGACUCAGAUCAGGGAGCCAAUGCUAAAUUCAACCUCCGUCUUGUUGGACCUGGUGGCAUCUUCCGAGUGGUUCCUCAGACUGUCCUGAAUGAGGCUCAGGUUACAAUAAUAGUGGAAAAUUCUGCUGCUAUUGACUAUGAAAGCUUCAAGGUGUUAACCUUCAAGCUUCUUGCAAUAGAGGUGAACACACCGGAGAAAUUCAGCUCGACGGCUGACGUAGUGAUUCGCCUGCUGGAUACCAAUGACAAUGUCCCGAAGUUCUCCUCUGACUACUACAUUGCCAGGAUCCCCGAGAACUCCCCAGGGGGCUCCAAUGUAGUUGCUGUCACAGCUACAGAUCCAGAUUCAGGGCUUUGGGGGGAAAUCAAGUACUCUAUCUAUGGAACAGGAGCAGAUCUGUUCCUAAUCCACCCAUCAACAGGUAUAAUUUACACCCAGCCCUGGGCUGUACUAGAUGCUGAAGUGAACUCGAAGUAUAAUUUCUAUGUGAAGGCAGAGGACACAGAAGGGAAAUACAGCUUGGCUGAAGUGUUUAUCACCGUGCUAGAUGUCAAUGACCACUCUCCAGAGUUCAAUGAAAACAUCCAGGAAAAGACGAUGAUCAUUGGGUCACCGGUGAAGAUAGAGGCUAUAGACCAAGAUGCAGAAGAACCCAACAACAUCGUGGAUUAUUCCAUCAUGCAAGCAGAUCCAGCCAAUGUGUUUGACAUAGACCAAAGCACUGGGGAAAUCAAGCUGAAAUCCUAUAUCCGAUCUCUGGACAUCAUCCACAACAUCACAAACAAUAAAGACUGCAUAUGGUCAUUGGUGGUCCAGGCCAAAGACCGAGGCUCCCCAUCCUUCAGUACCACAGCAGUUCUGAAGAUUGAUAUCACAGAAGAGACUCUUCACAAAGGGCCUAUGGCCGCCUUUUUGAUGCAAACUAAAGAUAACCCCAUGAAAGCCUUAGGAGUGCUAGCUGGUGUCAUGGGCAUAAUGGUGCUGAUAACUAUCAUGAUCUCUACUGCCAUGUUCUGGCGCAACAAGCGGUCCAACAAAGUCAUGCCGGUGAGAAGGAUCAUAAAAAAGAGACAGAUGCCGCCAUCCCGGACAGUCAGGAUGGAGUGGCUGAAGUUCAAGAGGCCCAGCAACGCUGCAGAGAAGUUUGUCGUUGAGGAGGACGUGAAGAGCCUACACAAUGAGAACAGCAACAAUAACGUCCAGGUUGUCCCCGUGCCGCCGGCAGCCCCCCUGCCCCCGCCACCCCCUGCCCUCGCUCCCCGGGGCGAUGCCCCAGGGUGGCGGGUGCCGACUGUGUCUGGGUCCCUCACUCCCAAGCAUAUAAUCAAGCCACCGAAGAAGAAAGGUCACAGCAGCACCCACAACGCCCUCGUGUCAGAGCUAAAAAUGAGGUUUGAGAAGAGGAAUGCAGCUUAUGGGGAGCCCCACAUCUAGGUGCUCUCAGCAGGCCCCAGAGACUGCAGACUGUGGCUGGGCAUGGAUGUUUUUACUUGCUGUCUCUUCCCUGUGUCUGUCAGCACCCUGUGAACCAGAGCAGCUUCUCGCUGUGAUAGCCACCCCUCACCUUCUGCAAGUACCAUCGUGACAGCGGUUCCCUCGGCCGUGUCCCGUGGGCCCUCCCUGCAGCUGUGUCUGACCACGGUGCUGAGUGUACCAGCCACAGCCUCCCCAGGUGAACAGGGACUCAGGUUGCCCCUGGUUUGAAGAUCUCUGCCCAGAGCUUGGGUUUUCAAACAAGAUGCUCUGCAGCCAAGGCCCUGGUGGAUGCUUCUUCUGACCUGGUCUGGCAGGUGGGUUUGAGGUGUCUGAAAAUCCAUCACUUCAAUUCUCAGACCCAUUUUUGAAGAUGUUGGCCUGGCUGUGGCAGCAGCACUGAGUCGAGGUGCAGGUCUCCUACAGCAGUGACACUGCCCUGUCCCAUGCACAAUGUGCACAACAGCUGGCGGAGCGAUGUGCUCGUGGCCUGAGUACCUUCAUUCCCAAAAGGUAAGCGGACAGGCUCGGAGAAGUUCUUUGUUUUCCUGCAGCUUGCGCUGGUUUUGCCAGAGCACAUUGACAUGAUGCUGUGCUUUGCUCCUGCCCUGGACUUGCCUGCUGGGGAGGGACGGGAUGGGCACCUCAGCCUUCCCUGGACCAGCAGGGGCAAGAUUUGAGCACGGAAGUUCAAUAGCAGCACUCAGCACUGCCUCCUUCUGACACUGAGCCCCAAAAGAGCAGGAGCCCAGCAGGAGAAGGACGUGAAUAAAAACACUGGGAAGACAAGAUAAAACUGAGAGGCAAAUGAUAAGCGGAAGACAGAGACAAGUGCUGUAAAGUUGCAUAUGUUGGUCAGGAAAGUGUCUGGAAAGAUCAUGUGGUGUUGUACACUGCUAGCAGAAGGUGUCAAGGAAUAUAUUUCAUCACCUCUCCUGGCUUGUUUUGCACACUGGUGUGUGCAAAAGGAGUUUUCCACAAAAUAUUGUUAUUUCGUAUCAGUAUUUUUGAGUGAAUUAAACAACAGUUGAUGGAAGGGGAUUGGCAGGGCAGCUGACAGGUUUUUUUUCCUGUUACGUGACAGUAAAAAGGAACCAAGAGCAGAGCACUGGAUCUACCCCACAGACUCGCCCUCAGGUUGGUUUUGGAGGAGAUGUUUUUUUAGCUGGACCUGUCUGUUUCUCAUCCCUUGGGGAGAAGGCAGCACCAACCGAGCUGGCUGGGUAGCAGCACCCUGCACCCUCUCUCUGAGACCCAGCCCUGCAGAGAAGCUGUGCUGUCAUGGUACCAGGAACAUCAAGGUGGGGAGCACACCGUGUUAAUUCAAGGGGUUCAUGAGAGUUCUCCAGCUGUCAUUUCAGUUGAACCAGCAGGCCUGGCCCUCAGGAUCUCCUCUCACUCCAGUAGC